AUAUUUAGAAACUACUAUAAUCAUCCAGAUCGCGGGGAAUUUACAAUAUGCGGUUGAGUCGUGUUGACAUGCGGUUUCGCCUAUGGCUAUGCAUAAUCUUGUACCAGGAUUAGUAAGCUAACUUUCCAAGGCUAAAAUCCUGUCAGUAAAUGCACAGUUUUGUUGAUAAAGGUUGCUAACUCGGUAGCAUUGCUUACCCCAUAAAAGGGGUCAGAAGCAGCCAUGCAGGAGUUGUAAUACGAUCUCUUCAUCAGCGGAUUUGUCUUAUAGUUUACAGUCGCAUUAUCCGAAUGAUUCCGGAAACCUUCGAUUGUGCCUUAAUAAAUUUGCUAUGGCUAUGCGCUUUGCGUCGAAGAUCAGGGUUCAAAACGUCUACAGGUAUGUUUGCAAUCCACCCUACGCUUCCUUGACUCGCUCCAUUUCUGUGGAUUCGCGCUACUUUCGAAAAGGCAAUGCUGAAGACGUUCAACUUCAACGACCAGUGCAACUUGCUGGACGAAAAUAUCUCCCUGGCUCUUUCGUUCCUGGCUUUCCUAAACAACUUUCUAGUCCCAGGGAGGACUUUCCCCUUGUACUAAAAGCGAAAAACGAGGAAAGAAAAAGCAUCGAAUUUUGGUCAGAGUGUUUCAAGGAACAAAUUUCGCAGUUGUUCAAAGAUUUUCAAAAUGAACGGAGCGAGCCAGUCGCUGUGCUGGUUCGCGGACUUCCGAUUAAAACGACCGAGAAUUUCUCUCGUUUCGUUCAGGGCUUGAAUUUCGAGUUCUUUCUGUACCAAGGAGGUGGGGGAAUUCGCGAUAAAGUCGAUGACUUUGUUCUAACGGGAGCAGGAGAGCCAAAAGAAUAUUCAGUCGAGCUACACAAUGACAUGUCUUAUAGCAUAGACUACCCUAGUAAGUUCAUUAUUACGUGCCUAAAGAAAUCUCCAUUCGGAGGUGAAACGGCUAUAUGCAAUGGCCGAGCACUGACUGCGAACAUAGAUGCUGAUCUGAAGGAGAAAUUUGAAAGGAAAGGCAUUCGAUAUUUACGAUACAUCCUGGACAAAAGUGAAGGAACAUUCAAUUCUUGGCAACGAAGCUUAAUGACGGAAGUUAGAAAGGAAGCGGAAGAGUUCCUGACGGCGGGUGGUUAUUCCUUCAAAUGGGAUGAUAAAAACUUGAUUUAUUGGAACGACUCGGCGCCCACAAUAACCCAUCCACUGAACGGAGAAAAACUAUGGUUCAAUCAAGCAUUUAUGUCUCAUUCUACGUACUUCAAAGCUAUGCCCAUGUACGAGGAAAGUGAUUUAGAGGAUGAAAAAUAUCCAUCUCAUACAGUGCACGCUGAUGGCGAUCCUAUCGAUUUAAAUGAUUUGCAUAAAUUGAGAUGCACUUCGUGGAACACGGCUGUGGGGAUCUCGCUUCAGGAGAGCGAUGUUUUGUUUCUUGACAAUCUCGCGGUGCUUCACUCAAGGUUAAGUUACGAUGGUGAUCGAGUUGUAAGGACAAGUAUUUUGAAGUAAAAAAUAUGCAUAAAUCAGGGGGGUUAAAUAAAUGAAGAUUAACAGUACCGCAUGAUUAUACAGACAUUGACAAUAGCCACGCAGACAUGGUUAUAAGAUGGUUUUCACUAAAAGAGCGAGUCAUUCCAUUCCGAAGAAUGAGAAUCAAUCCAGGCUAUAGCCUCAUAAGUAUAUACUUUUAUGAUUCUAUAUUUAGUAUGCCUGUGGUUUGUAAACGUCGGCCUUCUGCCAAGUGAAGUCAUGUUACAAAGAAAUUAAGAAAGCCGUUUUAGUGAUAGUUUGACCUCCCAAACACUUAAAAUGAGGAAACGCAGUCAGUCAUUAACAAGAUGCGGCUAACUUGCACGUUUCUUUACCAGCUCUUCUCCCCUGUCAAGAAGCAAUGGUACUAAAACCAGUCCUUAUCUAGAAGCGUACACGGUUGAGGGUGGGUAUUCAUCCCCUUCUAUCCCCGACUGAUUUUAUUUUGAACGCGAUUGUUCCUACGGUAUGUAGACAUGGAUAUAUGAAUACACUCCCCCCCCCCCCCAAUUAAGCGAUCUAGCCAUGGGCCUGGCUAAAACAUCGACCUGUGCUCAACCUUUCCAGACUGAGAUAAAUCUGAGUUGUGGUCAAAAGCGAACUCGAUUAGUGUUGAAAGCAUGAUAAUUUUGUGUCAAAUUGCACAAUCGUCUUUCUAUUUUGCUCCGCCUUUUCCCGUCAGCCUACGCCGCAGGAAACAUGAUUACUGGAAUACGAUUGAUGGAGUUUCUAAAAAACUUUGAUGUCCAAGUAUUGAACAGUAUUUGUCCGAUGAAAUUUGCAGACUUUACCAAACUCCAGCAUUCAAAAUAAGAUGCU